GAGAGGGCGAGUCUGAGUGUGUGUGGCGAGCAGCGUGCGAGGAGAGAGGAGGGGCGCUCCACGCGAAUCGCUCGUUUCCCGAAGAGAUCUCCCAAUUAAAAGGAUGUCUUCUCGCGCGCGUCCGACCUCUCCCGUCGCUGGCUGAGCAGAUCAGGCGCAAGUUUUAGUGUAGAAUAGUCAUCAACGUCAUCAUCGGCAGGAGCAUCGGCAUCCCAGUUUCUCUCCUCUCUUACUCAGCUUCCCUGGCCAGCCAUACACUCAAUCAUCGCGAAGCAUUUGUCAUUGCCUCGAGCUUCUCGAUAAACCGCGAGUGUAGAAAGCCGUGGGAUUACGGGUAAGGCAGCGUGCUGGAGUUUUGUGGCGAGCACGUAGAGUGGUUAACGCUGCGCGCUUUCAUAUACAAGACGAAAUUGCGAACAUCGUUAAAGACACGGGACAUCUCAUACAAAAAACUUCAUUCGCUCUUGGAUUUUCGUUAAAAAAAAUACAAUCACGGGAGCCCGAGAGAGAAAGCAAGGAGAGAGUGAGAGGGACACGAGAAAGGAGAAGGGACAGUAGGAAGAAAAUUCGGGACUACAUUUGCUUUGACGCGAGGAGCUGUGAUGAAUACUCCAAGACUCUGGCUGCGCGCACGUGGCAAUGAUGAUGUGACGGAGAGCUGCGAGAAGACUCGACUCCCCUCGUUCGCGUUCACCCGGCUCGCACCGGGAGCUAUCGUCAUCGCGGGCACCUUUUAAGCACUCCAAGAAAUUCAAUUGCAUCUGAUUCUCUCUUGACUUUUUACCCGAUUCGAUACGUGUGUCAUUUGUUGCUGACCUUGUUGUUGUUGUUGUUGCGUCCUUGGCAAUUCCGACAAAAAGGCUUUUUUGGGGGAUUUUAAAGAAGAACCAAGCGAAAAAAAAGAAACGAGACACAAGGAGGCGUUGUGAUGAGUUGGAGACAUCAAUCAGUCUUCUCUCGGCUGGACAUAACGAUUUUGUGAGACGUCUGAUCGAUUAUUAGUUUUUUUAUAUUAAAGGCAACGCGCUGCGGUGGGGGCGAAUGGGAGAAGGAUAAAGAAGAGCAAAAGAAAGAGGUGGUGAAUAGCGAAGGAGUCCCCGCGUGGCUCCAAACAGACACCAGGGACGCAAGCUCCGACCGGCGCUUGAGUCCCGUUGCAACUCACUCGCUCCGUUCGCUCUGCUGCUCGAUUCUCUCUCUCUCCGUCCCCGCUCUCCCUGCCUCUCGCCUCCUCCUCUCGCCGCCCUCGGGAUCUCCCCUCUCUCUUCACUUGGCAUCCAGCGAGAGCCCCGCACGGCGCAGAGCUAAGCGGCACACGCAGCGAAACGGAGACGCACCAAUGUCAGCGUGCGCGCUCGCGUCUCUCUCUCUGCGUGAGUGCGAGUAAAUAUAUCUAUAUACGAGCUAUUGGCAAGGCUGUGCGUGCACGCAAAGGGCAAGCGAGGCAGCUUGCCGGGUGAGGUAGGGGAGGCGUGCGUGGCGGUGGUGGUGGGGGGGGGAGGGAGUAUAGACUUCGCGAGCAGCGCUGGAUUUUUUUGAGUUUGCGACCGAGAGAGCUGGGGGCAUCGGAGACGCCGAGGAGGUAAAGGACUGAGCCGCGCCAAGGACUGGAAGAUCUGAAUCGAAGGGAUUGAGCCGACCGGAAGGUGAUUCAUUUGAUCCGGUAGGCAGCUGGAGAACUAUAGCCGCUUGUAGCUGCAGGAUUUGAGCCGGCGAAGGGGGGUGAAGGAUUGAGCCGGUGGGAGAGCAGGCGUGGGAAGGCGGCCGGCUCUGCGUUCGCCCGACGGGAAGAGCCAUCAUGCGUCGUCUUGGGGGAAAUGCCGGCGCCCUUCUGCACCUCCUCCUCGCGGCGCUGCUGGGAGCCGCGGAGGCUGACGUUGAGGUGCCACCCUUCUUCAAGAGAGAGCCCCUGCACACGCAGCUGCACCUGGAGGGCAACCGGCUGGUGCUCACGUGCCUGGCGGAGGGCAGCUGGCCCCUGGAGUUCCGCUGGCUCGUGAACGACACCGAGAUCGCCCCCUUCUCGCCUGAGAACAGGUACUUUAUCCCUGUUCUACACCGGUCUGAUGCCGGGUUCUACCAGUGCGCCGUUCGGAACCGACAGGGAACGCUGAUGCAGCGCAGGACGGAGGUGCAGGUAGCAUACCUGGGAGACUUUUCCGAGUCGGCGGAGAGGCGACUGAGCGUUCCGCGAGGGGGGGCGGUCGUCAUCGAGGCUCCGCGCGUCGGCUGCUUCCCCACGCCCCAAGUCACGUGGCUGCGGGAGGGUCGCAAGGUGUCGCCCAGCCCCCGAGUGGUGGUCACGCUCGAGAACCAGCUGGUGGUGAUGAUGGCCACCUCCGGUGACGCCGGCACGUACCACGCGCAGGUGAUGAACGAGCGGAACGGCGAGACCAAGACGGGCCCGCCCAUCGUGCUUACCGUGAGAGAUGCCGAAGAUCCCGGGCCGUCCGACUUCCUGGAGAUUGUCGUCGCUCCGAGGAACAUGAGCGUCGUCGCAGGAGCUGGUGAAGUGUCACUCGAGUGUGUUCCCUACGCACGGCCACUGGAGCGAGUGACCGUCACGUGGAGACACAACAGUGGCCCCGCCAUCACGUCCGGCGUCGGCGAUUUCGGCCGCCGCCUCACCGUGACGUCCCCGUCCGCGGCCGACGCGGGCCGCUACGACUGCGAGGUGACGCUGGGCCCGAGGGGCCCUGCGUCCUCCGGCGGCGCCGGCGCGGCGUCCGGAGUGGCCGCGGCGCACCCUGUGGUCCGCUCGGCCUACCUUACCGUGCUCGAGGUGCCUUUCUUCACGGUGGAGCCGAGGAGGAGGAUCAUGGGAGUGGUGGAGCAAGCCCUCGAGAUCCCCUGCCAGGCAGCAGGCUUGCCUCCGCCGACCCUGACGUGGUAUCGGGACAGCUCCCCGAUCGGCCACUUCGGGGAUUCGCGGUUCCGAGUGCUCGCGAACGGCAGCCUCCUGGUGGCGUCGCUGGAGGAGAAAGACUCGGGCAUGGUGCAGUGCUUUGUGCGCAACGUGGCCGGGGAGGUGCAGACCCACACCUUCCUCACCGUCACCAGUUUCCCCCCAAACAUCACGCGAGGCCCCGUGGACAGCACGGCCAUCGAGGGCACCGCGCUCACGCUGCCGUGCGAAGUGUCAGGUGCCCCCAAGCCGGCCAUCACCUGGUUCAAAGGCGGCAAGGCCGUGCCCCUGAGCUCGAUGCGCUUCUCCCUGCUGCCGUCGGGGUGGCUGCGCGUGGGGCCGGCCGAGCUGCGUGACGCCGGCACCUACACCUGCCUGGCCAAGAACUACCGCGGCGAGGCGACGGCACGCGCCCGCUUCACCGUAUGGGUGAGGACGCGAAUCGCCGUUCCUCCUCGCGACCAGAGCGUGGAGAAGGGGAUGACCACGACGCUCCACUGUGGCGUCACCCAUGACCCCGCCGUCGCUGUCAGGGUGUUCUGGGACAAGGACGGCUCCGUGAUCGGGCCCGAGGCGGCCCCGAGGCUCGCGCAGGACGCUGGCGGCUUCCUGCGCGUCGUGCAGGCCUGGUCGGGCGACAUCGGCUCCUACACGUGCCACGUGACCUCGGCGGCUGGCAACGACUCCAGGACCGCCCGGGUGGAAGUGCGGGAGGUGCCGUACCCGCCGGUGGAGGUGGUGGCACGACUCUCUCUGACGGCACGGCGCUCCGUGGUGCUGUCUUGGGUGCGCUCCUACGACGGCAACAGCCCCCUGCUGCGCUACAUCCUGGAGGCCACCGAGAACGACUCCCCGUGGACGGUGCUGAGGGUGGACAUCGGCCCCGUGAUGGCGAACUUCACCAUGGGGGGGCUGCUGCCAUCGCGGACCUACCGCUUCCGCCUGAGCUCCGUCAACGCGGUGGGGACGGGCGAGCCGAGCCACGAGACCGAGAGUGUGACGUUGCCCGAGGAGCCUCCGGAAGGGACGGUGCAGAUGGUGGUGGCUGCCGGGCGGACGAACCGCACGAUCGCACUGCAGUGGCAGUCCCCGCCGGAGAGCCAGUGGAACGGAGCGCUCAAGGGCUUCCUCAUCCGGUACCGGCUGUCCGUCGACCGUGCCGACUACCAGUACAAGAACGUCCCCAACUCGGAGAUGACGAGCUACCUCCUGGAGGACCUCUCCGUGUGGACGAGCUACGAGGUGGAGGUGGCGGCCUACAACGGAGCCGGGCUCGGGCCCUACAGCACCGCCGUGCAGGAGUGGACGCUCGAAGGAGUGCCAACGGCGCCACCGGAGAGAGUUCGAGCAGAGGCCAUCAACUCCACCACCAUCCACGUCACCUGGUUUCCACCCAGCUCGCACUUCGUUCACGGCGUCAACCAGGGCUACAAGCUUCUGGCGUGGCGGCCGGAGAGCCCCGGCGACGUCACCGUGCGGACGUUGCCACCGCAGCCCGAGGGUUCGGGCCCCGGCGGGGGCACGGGCCCCCUGCACUCGGGGUACCUGUCGGCCCUGCGCAAGUUCACCGAGUACCACGUGAGCGUGCUGUGCUACACGACGCCGGGCGACGGACCGCGCAGCCCGCCCCUCCGCCUACGCACCAGUGAGGCCGUACCUGGUCCCGUGGGGAAUCUGGGUUUCUCCGAGAUUCUGGAUACGUCUCUCAAAGUGAGCUGGGAUGAGCCGCAGGAGAAAAACGGAAUCUUGAUCGGGUACAAGGUGUCGUGGGAGGAGUUGAACAAGACGCACUCGCGCGUCACGCACUACCUGCCCAACAGCACACGCGAGUACCGUGUCACGGGCCUGGCCGCGCUCACCACCUACGUGAUCGAGGUGUCGGCGCGCACCAGCCGAGGCUCCGGACCCACCUCGGCCUCCACCAUCUCCUCUGGAAUUCCGCCAGAGCUGCCCGGGGCCCCCUCCAACGUGGCCGUGUCCAAUAUUGGCCCUCGCUCCGUGGCCCUGCAGUUCCGCGCCGGCUUUGAUGGGAAGACGUCCAUCCUGAAGUGGGUGGUGGAGGCCCAGAUUGCGGGAGCGGACGGGGAGGAGGCGGAGUGGAUCAUGGUGCACGAGUUGGACAAUCUGCCGGCUGCUCGCUCCCUGGAGGUGCCGCUACUGCGGCCCUACACACAAUACCGGUUCCGCAUGCGCCAGAGCAACGUGGUGGGGACGAGCCCCCCCAGUGCGGCCACCCGCACCAUACAGACCCUGCCGGCCCCCCCAGACGAGGCCCCCCGAAACCUGACGGUCCGCACGGCCAGCGAGAGCAGCCUCUGGGUCCGCUGGGCACCGCUGCACGAGUCCCAGUAUAACGGCGCCGCCUCGGCAGCCGGCUACCGCAUCCGCGUGGUGCAGCCGGGCCGGCCGGGCGAGACGCCGCCCUCCGUGGCGGUGGACGACCCCACGGAGCGCGAGGCCACGGCCGAGGGCCUGCGGCCGUGGACCGAGUACGAGGUGCGCGUGCAGGCCUUCAACGCCAUCGGCUCGGGGCCUUGGAGCCGCCCCGUCACGGCACGCACCAAGGAGUCGGUGCCGUCGGCGGGACCCCAAGAGGUGACGGCCAACGCCACGAGCCCCACGUCGAUCCUCGUGAGCUGGGGCGUCGUGCCGGAGGCCGACCGCAACGGGCCCAUCCUGGGCUACAAGGUGCUGUACCGGUCCGGGGAUACGGCCGGCGCCCCCGUCGGCGUUGGCUUCUCGCGGCGAGCAGUGGAUGGGGACCGCGCUCGGAGCACGAUGCUCUCGGGCCUGCGCCGCUUCACGCAGUACGAGGUGCACGUGCUGGCGUUCACGCGCACCGGAGAGGGAGCCCUCUCCGCGCCGGCCGCGAACGCCCGCACCCUCGAGACGAUUCCGGGUCCUCCGUUCGGACUCCACUUCCCAGAAGUCCACCUCACGUCCGCUCGCCUGUCCUGGCAGCCUCCUACCGAGCCAAACGGCCUCAUCCUCGGUUACAAGAUGAUGUUCUGGCUGGAUUCGACCAAUCAGAACGCGGCGUCGGUGGCGGAGGUGACCCCGGACACGCGGCAGUUCUACGCGGGGGAGCUGCUGCCCAACGCGGGGUACCGCUUCCGGGUGACGGCUCGCACGAGCCGGGGCUGGGGAGAGCCCUCCGAGGUGCUGGUCAUCACCACGGAGGGCAGAGACGCCCCGGAGAGCCCGAGCCAGCCGUCCGUGCACCAGUCGGGCGUGGGCUCGCACAGCGUGACCCUGCGCUGGAGCGUGCGGCGCGACCGCGUCUCGCCGCUGCGCGCCUACACCAUACAGGCUCGGGCCCUGCCCGGGGGAGUCUGGGAGACGCUGGCGCCGUGGGCCCCCCCGAACCUCACCGCCUACACCAUGGAUGGGCUGAAGCCAUUCACCACGUACAAGUUCCGCGUGGCAGCAAGGAACGAUGUGGGCGAAAGCGAGUGGAGCGAGGAGUCGGAAGCUGUGACGACGCUGCAAGCCGCUCCGGACAAGGCUCCCAGCAUCCUCUCCGUCAUGCCCCACACGCCCUCCUCGGUGCUCGUCCAAUGGGAGCCUCCGAUGGAAGAGUCUGUGAACGGAGUGUUGCUGGGCUACCGCAUCCUCUACCGCGAGCUGCCGCUGGAGGGGUCAAGGGUCAUCGCCGGGGGUUACUCCGUACCCUACAUCACCGCCGCCCCUGGCAACCCAUCCCCCAUACAGGCGCAGUUACUUGGCAAGUACGAAGUAAAGACGGUGAACGACUCGGCGGUGAAACACUACGAGCUCGCGCAACUCAACAAGUACCGGCGGUACGAGGUGCGCGUGAGCGCGUACACGGCGGCCGGGGAAGGACCCAUGACGUACCCGCGGGAAGUGUACGUCGGGGAGGCAGUGCCAUCGGCACCUCCCCGCAACGUAGUGGUACGGGCCGCCAGCUCCACUCAACUGGAGGUGGCGUGGGAUAUCCCCCCCCUGCACACCGAGAAUGGAAUCAUCCUGGGAUACAAGGUCUACUUCAAGGACACGGCGCCGUCGGGGGUGAGAGGCGAUGCCGGCGCGGAGCGCGUGCGCAUGCUCUUCCUGCCGGAGACGAGCGCGCGGCUCAAGAACCUGACGGGCUUCACGGUGUUCGCCGUCAGCGUGUCGGCCUACAACUCGGCCGGGGAGGGCCCUCGCAGCGCCGCCAUCACCGCCAAGACGCUGCCCGCUCCGCCCUCAGCUCCCCAGUUUGUGCGAUUCGAGGACGUGACGACAAGUUCGCUCAACGUGUCGUGGGGAGAUCCUCUGCGGCCCAACGGCGUUCUGGAGGGCUUCAAGCUCAUCUACAAGCCCACCACACCGGUGCACGGCGUGAGCAAGAUCGUGACGGUGGAGGUCCGGCCGGACGCCCCACGGUGGCUGCGUGUGCGCGACCUCAUGGAAGGGGUCACCUACCACUUCCGCGUGUGGGCCAAGACCUUCGCCUUCGGGCCAGAGGCGGACGCCAACGUCACCACCGCACCGCUCGAAGGUUCUCCGGGCCCACCAGGGGCCCCCCAGGUGACCCGCUAUGGCACGGACAUCACUCUGCACUGGACCGAGGGCGACCCCGGCAGAUCUGCCGUCACGAGCUACAUCAUCGAGGCCCGGCCAUCGGAUGAAGGCCUCUGGGACAUCAUCGCAAAGGACAUCCCCAGCGAUGCCUACUCGCAGUCCGUAAGCGCCACGCUGCUGCGUCACGGCAUCAGCUACAACUUCCGCGUGUCAGCUCUCAACCGCUUCGGAUGUGGCCUGCCCAGCGAGCCAUCCCAACCCAUCUCCGCGGUGCACGACGCGGCGUUCUACGACGAGUGGUGGUUCCUGGUGGUGGUGGCGCUCAGCGGCCUCAUCCUCAUCCUGCUGCUGGUGUUCGUGCUCGUCAUCCGGGGUCAGAGCGGCAAGCACGUGCGGCGCACCAGCUCCGGUCUGAGCGCCAAGCCAGGCACGCUGGGCCACGAGGAGAUGGUGAGCCUAGACGAACGCUUCGCUGCCAGCCUGGAGUUAAGCGAGCGGCGCCUGCCCGUCAAGAACUCCUUCUGCCGGCGCAACGGCAUGCACACGCGCUCGCCUCCACGGCCCAGCCCCGGCAGCCUUCGCUACUCAGAUGAGGACCUGCCCUCCGAGUACGGCGAGGUGACCAAGUCGGAGCCCAAUGGCAGCCUCAACGAGAAGCUCUCGGAGAUCCCCGAGUCUCCGAGCGAGGUGGAGGAGGAGGAGGCUGACUCGGACGAGCACGAGACCGACCGCGACUCCCCGCCGUCCGUCGGCGGCACGGCCACCACCACGACGUCCAAGGGCACCUCGGCCGCGCCGGCCACGCCGACGUCGUCGUCCGCGGUGGCCGCUGCGGGGGCGGCCGUGGGCGCCGCGCCCCAGCACUCGUUCGUGAACCACUACAUGAGCGACCCCACGUACUACAACUCUUGGCGGCGGCAGCAGAAGGACGUGACGCGCGCCGAGCGCGGGGAGGCCGAGGGCGCCAACCACACGGCCCGCGCGCCGUACCCACUCACCGAGCCCGAGUUCGGCGGCCUGCAGGGCCCCGGGUACCGGCCGGCGCUCGCGGGGUUCUCCUCCUUCGUCUGAGCGACGCCGGAGCGAGUCGCGGCUGGGCGACGCGGGGACUCGCGGCGGGGAUUGCGGGGACGGGAAUCGGGUGGCUGCGCGAGUGCAGAGAAGGUUCAGCCACGGGCGGAGCUCUCAAUUAUAUGGAUCCAACCACGUGGAGGUCCCAACCACAUGGAGGUCCCAACCACGUGGAGGUCCCAACCACAAGCAGUUCUCAACCACAUGGAGCUCUCAACCACAAGCAGUUCCCACAAGCAGUUCUCAACCACAUGGAACUCCCGACCACAUGGAGCUGCUAACCACAAGUUGCUCUCAACCACAUGGAGAUGUAGAUCACAUCAAAGUCCCAGCCACAAACCAUCUCACAACUACAUGGAGCUAUGCCACCACGAGGAAUUGCUAACCACGUGGAGCCGACUUCUGACACACCAGGUCGUGCCACUAUACUCCAGGCUUCAGGACUUGAAUUGCCCUUCUGCGCUGGUCCCCUCUGCUGCUGAUUCUCUGCUGGUCACGUCCCACCUCACUUAACGGGUUUAUUUCUUGUUUUCUUUUGCUGUGAUCAAACUGCGAUUAUACAUUUUUGUUCGUGGAAAAAUAUUACAUUUCAUUGCCAGUGUUUUCUUUACUUUUUCCUAAUAACCAUAAUGACGGUUAUUACGAAGGUUACAUAAUUUCUCUCCGUUAAUCGCGUCGGCUUUCUGGAAUAACUGCGAAGCUUCACAAUCCGAUUGCGAUCCUAAAUUCCACCGUUUAUUUUUUGUUCGUGAAUUCUCAUUCGUGAAGAGCGUGAAAGUAGAAAGCAUAACAACGAUUAUUUCCACGGUGGUUUAAAACAAAAUGCAUUUUGUACAAAUGCACCUUCCACAAAGAACAGAGACAAUUGGAUGAGCGAACGGUUCACAAAAUGUAUUGCGUUUAAAUGACCAUAGUGGAGACCAUGACAAUCAAAUGAAGUACAUCGCUGGGAUUUCAAUCUCGCAGACUGCAUUCAUCCAGUCGUCAACUUUCUCGAUUAACUCUGUCGGAAAGAUCCGAAAUUCUUCCACUUGGAAGCAGAAAUCAACAAUAACAUCACCUGCGAUUUCACAAAUCCCGGUAUGGAUUACCAGGAGGAGCUCAACGCGUGUCAGUUGAUGGAACGAUAAGAAAAAAAAAGAACGUGUCAAUUUCAGAUACCUAUAUAUAGUGCACACACGUACACAAACACGCUCACACGUGCUCAGUAUUCUACAGAUGUUUCCUGGGGCUCAGUCAUCCGGCAACACGACGCUUCAAGAUUACCUAUACUUGCGGAUUAAUUUUCUUGUGUCGUGCAAUUAUGUUCGUUCGGAGGCGGACACCGCAGCGUCUCCACACACAGGCACUCGAUAUAAUCACCCGCUCGGCUUACGUCAUUAACGUGGGCCUUGCCAUUCACACCCGCCCUCCGCCGUCGUUCAGACCCUUCGGCCCAUCACGAGGGCCACUCCACGUUUAUUACGCUUAAGGGACACGAGGUUGGUAAUAAUCUAUAAUAUCCGAGUAAUGACACGCGCGUGAACGGGUAGCCCACCGCGUAGGGGUCCAGCGUGAUAAAAAGUCGCGGCCACGUUUGCGUGGAAAUCUGCGCAGUGCCGCCGCCACCGCGGAUUUUUUUAAACGACGCGAUCUGAUGCCGAGUGACAUUUGUUCACCUUUUUUCAGCUUUGUUAUUAUUAUUACUGCGAUGAGCGCAUUUUUUGCUUACGGCGCUCUUGUGUGCACAGCAUUAUUUAUGCAACCGCACGUUUUUUCGCUUCCUUCGGAAGAUUUAAAUACAUACUUUAUUUAUGGCGUUUCGCAAUAACACAAGUAGAAUAAAAAAAAACGAGACAAUGGAAUCGCUUGGCCGGGCGUUCUUAUUUUAAAAAGAAAAUGCAAGCAAGGUUUACGUGUGAACUCUCACUCCUUGCGCGGAACGCCUCUGCGGCAGGGGCGGGGGAGGUUUCCACGGUGUCGAAUGCAUUUUGCCGAGUAAAGUUUCUGACGGUGGUGGGUGGCCAUCGGGCGAGAGGCGGUUCGAACGCCAGAUGAAUCCCGGGGCUGAAUUUGACCAACUUUGCGCGACGUGACGCCGAGUUUUGCCGAGCCGCGCUCCGCACGCCGAGCCAUCCCAAGCGGAGCGAGCCGUCGCUGCGUGAGCGCGAAUCGCUCGACGGCAGAGGCGUUGCGGGGUGUUCGCGCAUCGACGCGCAAUCAUCGCAGCGAUGAUUGCGCAAAGAUUGUGCCACGAUUGUGCAUCGGUGCACAAAUGAUCGUGCAGUGCAAGGAUUGUGUAUCGCCGCCCAAUGAUCGGUAAGGGUUAUGCAACGAUUGUUUGUCGUUGCGCAACGAUUGAGCGCUCACGCGCGCAACGAUUGCGGCGCCUUUACGCGACGGCUGCGUUAUUGCAGUGCAGCAAUUCACCACCGGCCCUGAGCCGCACGACCCCCCGUGUACAGAACCCCCUCUCCCCCCCCGACCCCUGUCGCACUAACCCAUGCAUAAUCUCUAACCACAGCCGCGGUCGCGUCCGUCGUGCCGUUAUUCGACGGCGGCGGCGGCGGCGUCGUCGCCGCCGCGAGUUCCCGGCGCCUUACCAAGUUACUCGGAGCUUGCUCAGGCCGGCGAGCACCCCCCCACCCCCACCCCACGUCUCCCCCCACCCCCCCCCCCCUCUUCCGCGCGAGUGUUCUCAAUAGUGCUUCCCCGCCGCAUCACGCGUUCCUCUGUGAGACAGCGUUGAGACCGCGCCGGUUUUUAAUACUUGCCACGACCUUGCUCACGCAUUCAAGUCCGUAUAGCCUAUUAACGGCACGAGUCCAAGUGUUAUUGUAAUUGUGGGAAUAUCAGCACGACUUAUCUUAAUAGAGGACAAUUUACAUCCUUCCUUGAGAAAUUGGAAUCACGGAGAGAAAUGUUAUAACGGGUGGGGGCGAGGGGGAAUAUAAUAAUAAUUCUAUUAAAUCCUAUGGAGAGACCGUCUCCAGUUGGUUUGCGGGGCUCUGGGAAUUACGCGAGAGACAUUCACUCCCUUCACUUCAGCCAGGCACUGCCACCCUAGCCCCCAUUAGAGCCUUGAUGUCAGUUCGCUGCUUGCCG